CCGUCGUCGGGGGAGGAUGCGCGCCCCUCUCUCCGGUCUGAUCAGUCGCAGCCUCACUCGUACUCAAUACCUGAGCUCCAGUAACGUAGAAGUUCAAACAAAACGUGCCAUAUUCCUACACUCAAAACUGGAGGCUGGAACGUGGACUGGAACACAAGACUUUUAUCCUUCACACCUGACUGAAUGGACGUAAGAACAACUGAUCCACACCUGCACGUGACAGAUUAUUCUCACAACACACCUGAAGCGGAUCACUGUAAAGAAACCUGGAAUGUGAAAUUCGUGCAGAAAAAAAGAGAGAAGAAAAGGGAAAACAACGGAAGAAAAGGAAUAAAAAAGUGAAAAGGUUUAUAAGACCAAUUAUCUUUAAAAAUGUCUUAACUUACGAGUUAAAAAAAAAAAAAAACACUAAAGAAAAUUAAACGGAAAAAAAGGUGAAAUUUCAAGCUCAUACCUCUUUUUUGCUUAUAGAAAGUUAAAAAAAUAAAAUAUAUAAAUAAACUCAGAUCAAUUUCCAAAAACCGUCAGUUUCAUUUUAUGUUUAUCUCGACUCUGAAGUUUCACGAACCUGCACUAAGGAAUAAAUAAAAUAAUCAAUCACAGCUGGCCAUAUUCAAGUUACACUGGAAUGUAACCCUGAUUUACUGGCCCCGUGAGCGUUCAAACACCUAAAAAAGUGAACCUAAAAAAUACUGGUCACUUUUUUUCAAACGAACACGAACCUAAACACUAAAAAUCGAAAAAAAAAGACAAUUAAAACAGAAGAAAAACUGGUGCCAUUUUGUGAUGGUCAAAUUAUUUAAGAAAGAGUAUAAAGAAAAUUAUGAGUGACGGUACGUGAUUGGUGCGUGAUACUCAACGAACUGUAUGAAGACUUAAGGACGAUCUGAUAAUUAUUAUUGGAACCUAAACCUUUGUGAUACAGAUCGGUGAUGAAAUAAGAGAUUCAAAGGGACAUUACUCACAGAAGAAGUUAUUAAUCAUUUCAGAAAAAAAAAAUAAUGUGCUUGACUGAGAAGUGGCAAAACUAGUUAUAUAUUGGACGGAAUAAAGAAAGGAGGGAAUGAGGAGAGAGAAUAACUGAGGAAAAACAUUGAAACAAAGCAGAAAUGGUGGCGUGGAAGCCUCACCCUCCUCCCUCCCCUCCCAUUCCCAUUCCCAUCCCCCUCACCCCCACCAUCACCACCAGCCCAUAAUAGCCUUACACCAACCACCACACUAACACCACAUACCUCCCCACCACAACCAACACCAUUCCGCCACCCUUUUCUCGUUACCUCUCCAAUCAAUUUUCCACCACCACCACCACCACCACCACCACUACUCAUAACCCGGUCAGUAGACAAGCCUCCACCUCCACCACCAGCACAACCAGUUCUCCGUGCUUUCCCACCACUGCCUGAUUCCCACGACCUCCUCUUCACAACGGGACACUACCUGCAAACUACCUCGUUACUACUGCUAUUAGUACUACUGCUACCCCCGCCACCACCACCAUCAUGGCACCUUCCCACGGCAAAAAAGAGUACCCGCCGCCCGCCAGGAUGUCUUACAUGGGCUCCAGUCAACACAUCGACUUCGACAACCUACCAGACCCCAACACGCGCUUCGAGCUGCUGGAGGUGAUCGGGGAGGGCACCUACGGGGAGGUCUUCGUCGCCAAGGACCAUGACACGGGUGAACAGGUGGCCAUUAAGAUCAUGGAGAACAUCGGGGAGAACUUGGAGGAGAUAGAAGAGGAGUAUCUCAUCCUACGAGACCUCAGCAUCCACCCCAACCUGCCUUCCUUCAUCGGCAUCUUCUUCAAGCGAGGCGCCGUCAGGGAGGAGGACCAGGCAUGGAUUGUCAUGGAGUUCUGUCCCCGAGGCUCCGUGACUGACUUGGUGCAGGCGCUAAUCAGGCGAGGACAACGACUGACGGAGAAACAGCUUGGUUACAUCCUGAAGGAGACGAUUGAUGCAAUGGUCUACCUGCACCAGAAUCAUGUGAUGCACCGAGACAUCAAGGGACACAAUAUACUCCUCACUGAGCAAGCCAACAUCAAGCUCGUGGACUUCGGCGUGUCCUCUCACCUCGCCUCCUCCUGGGGCCGCCGCAACACCUCCGUCGGUACCCCCUACUGGAUGGCCCCGGAGGUAAUAGCGUGCGAGCAGCAGCUGGACUACAGUUACGACGUGCGGUGUGACGCGUGGUCACUGGGCAUCACGGCCAUCGAACUGGCUGACGGGGAGCCGCCGCUCUCAGACAUCCACCCCAUGCGAGCACUCUUCCAGAUCCCCCGCAACCCGCCGCCGACGCUGGACCGCCCUGUGGAGUGGUCUUUGGAAUUAAAUGACUUCAUCAGCGAGUGUCUGGUGAAGGACUUCGAGCAGCGCCCUACUGCCAAGGAGCUGCUGCAACACCCCUUCAUCAAGGCCGUGCCCCACAACCCGGAGGAGGUGCGUCGUGAGUUGGUGCUGCUUCAGAAUGACUUGAGGAAGAAGAACCAGAUGAUCCAGAAGGAUCCAGAGACCACCAUCAAGGGUGGGGCACUCAAGGCAGACAGGCGCACCAAGAGGACGCCCCUCUGGAUGGACGACCUUGCCUGCCUGGAGCGCCUGACAGAGGAGGUGAUUGUGGACCACCUGGAGCGGCGUUACCAGACAGACCAGAUCUAUACCUACAUGGGCGACAUCCUGAUAGCGGUCAACCCCUUCAAGGAGCUGGGAGUUUAUGGUGACAAGGAGUCCCGUCAGUACCGAGGGAUGGUGAAGAGUGAAAACCCACCCCACAUCUUCGCCAUGGCAGACAACGCCUACCACAACAUGCUGCACCAGAAACAGCAGCAGUGCAUCGUCAUUUCAGGAGAGUCUGGCGCUGGCAAGACUGAGAGUGCCAAUUUCCUCCUGAAGCAGCUUGUCACUCUUGGCAAGGCACCCAACCGUAAUCUGGAGGACAAGAUUUUACAGGUAAACCCAAUUAUGGAGGCCUUCGGUAAUGCCAAGACGGGUAUUAAUGACAACUCGUCCCGCUUUGGCAAGUACCUGGACCUCACCUACACCAGGCUGGGCAAGGUGACUGGUGCCAAGAUCUCCGUGUACCUCCUUGAGCAGUCCAGGGUGGUGAGGCAGGCAGAGGGCGAGCAGAACUUCCACAUCUUCUACUACAUGCACGAUGGUCUAGAGGCAGAGGACAAGCUAAUGCAGUACUGCCUAGACAAGGGCAAGAGGGACAAGCAUCGUUAUCUCGCUGGUGCCAACUGGAGCAAGAGUAAAAGCCAGGCCAACGUGGAGCAGUUCAACAAGGUGGUAGAAGGCUUCAAGUCCCUGGGUUUCCGUGAUGACGAGCUGGACUCCGUGUACAGAAUCCUGGCAGCCGUCAUCAAUUUGGGUGAUGUGGACUUCUACCAGACCAUUGACAAGGACAACAUGGAGCAGGCAGCAGUGAAGAAUGUGGAGCAGAUCAAAGUGGUAUCGGAGCUGCUGGGGAUUGACCCGACAGACCUAACGGAGGCACUGACGUCCAACAGUGUGGUGACCAAGGGGGAGAUCAUCACGAGGAACAACACAGUGGAGGAGGCAGUGUGCACACGGGACGCCAUGGCCAAGGCAAUGUAUGGCCGCCUCUUCGACUGGAUCGUCAACAAUAUCAACAGACUCCUCUCCUUCUGCAGGAUUGUCUAUGGUGAGAACCUGGCUGUGGGUCUCCUGGAUAUCUUUGGCUUUGAGAACUUCAACACCAAUUCCUUCGAGCAACUGUGCAUCAACAUUGCCAAUGAACAGAUCCAGUACUUCUUCAACCAGCACAUCUUUACAUGGGAGCAGCAGGAGUACAUGUCUGAGGGGAUUGAGGUGGACAUCAUUGAGUUUGCGGACAACAGGCCUGUCCUGGACAUGUUCCUGGCCAAGCCCUUGGGUCUGCUGGCACUGCUGGAUGAGGAGAGCCGCUUCCCCAAAGCCACUGACCAGUCCCUCGUGGACAAGUUCCACGACAACAUCAAAUCCCAGUACUACAUCAAGCCCAAGGCACAGGGUCUCGACUUCACUGUGCGUCACUUCGCUGGCAAGGUUGCGUAUGACGGCCAUCAAUUCCUGGAGAAGAACAGAAACUUCCUCCCCACCGAAGUGAUCCAGCUAUUCCGCCAGAGCUCCCAUGACACAAUCCGGUUCCUGUUCCAGUGCCCGCUGACAAAGACUGGUAACCUGUACUAUGCCACGCCCAGGACUUCCCCACGCAACACCAUGAGCCGUACCAAGUCCACCCAGGGCAGCACCAAGACACAGUACGACAGCCGCGGCCUGGCCUCUCAAACAAAGGCACAGCAGACAGUGGCCACCUACUUCAGAUACUCCCUGAUGGACCUCCUGCAGAAGAUGGUGAACGGGUCGCCUCACUUCGUCAGGUGCAUCAAGCCUAACGACGACAAGGAUGCCAACAACUAUGACAAGAAGAAGGUGCAGCGCCAGCUCCGCUAUGCCGGCGUGAUGGAGACAGUGAGGAUCAGGCAACACGGCUUCUCCAGUCGAAUUCCCUUCGCUGAAUUCCUUAGGAGGUACUGCUUCUUGGCCUUCAACUUUGACGAGCGGGUGACGGCCUCUAGAGAGAACUGUCGCCUGCUGUUGAUUCGCCUCAAGAUGGACGGGUGGGCGCUGGGCAAGACGAAGGUGUUUCUUAAGUACUACCACGUGGAGUACCUCACCAAGAUGUACGAGAAACAGAUCCGCCGCAUCAUCCAGGUGCAGGCGUGUGUGCGGCGGUGGUUGGCGAGGAUCCGAGUGCAGAAGGAAAAGUGGGCACUGGCGCGCUCUGUCCUCACCCUUCAGAGGUUCACCCGAGGCUGGAUUUCCCGCAAGAGGUACCAGGAGGAGGCGAGCAAAAGGCUGGAUCAGAAGAAGCUACCCCCUCCCCCCAAGGGGCCAGCGCCUGCCCCGCCGGUGAGCAAGAAGCUGGAGCGACAGGACUCAGGUAAACAAUGGAUAAAGGCCAAGAUGAUGGGAGCCCUUGGUGCGCAAUCCUCCAUCGAGAAAGAGGACGUGAAGGCGAAGAAGAAGGAUGCGAAGGAUAAGGAUAAGAAGAAGAAGGCACCCUCACCGCUUGCCAAGUCUCCAGUGUCUCUGACGCGGGAGGAGGCUGCCAUCAUUAUUCAGGCCUACUACAAGGGCUACCGCACCCGCAAAGAGUGGGGGCCCGUGCUGGAAGAGCGACUCAGUAGGGUGGUGGAGAAGCACCUUGACAACGCGGAGGAAGCGUCCAAGGCCCUCGAGGCCGAGGGUCUCUCCCCCGAGGAGGCGGCCAUGAUCAUUCAGAAGUUCUGGGGGAAGUACAAGAAGAGGAAGGAGCCGGAGAAACCGAAGGGAGGGAAGCCAGAGGAAGGGAAGGCAGCAGGGAAGGAUCUUGGGCGGUACACGAACAGCAAGAGAAUGACAGAUCUGAUUAUGUUCUCCCAGCAGGUGCACAUGGAAAAUCAGGAGGCACACAAGUUCCUACGAAAACACAAGGCUGGGAUUCGCCUGGAGGAGGUUCGCAAGCCUGACCAGAAUUACCAGCGUCCCAAAGGAUUCGAUAAUAUUCCCCACGCCAUCCACGAGCAGAGGAAGAAGGCGCCACCCGUCCCGGCGAGUGGCGGCAACAACAACUCCAACGCUCGGCCCCUCAUCAAGAUUACCUCCACUGACAACCAGGUGUCUAAUUACUACGACUUCCUGCAGGAGGAGAUGAGGAGCCCCACGCCGGACUAUAACCCCGACACUCCCUGGGACGCUCCACUUGCUUCAAAAAUCCACCAAGGAAGCGGUCAACGGAGAGCGGCGACGGAGGCAGGCGUGAAGGUAGACUUGCGGGAGGAGAAGAUAAAGAAAGUGCGUGAAGGCCUCAAGACUCAGGCGAAGGAGAACGAGGAGAGAGGAGAUGAGAACAUCCGUCAGUGGAAGGGUGCGGUGGCUCUUGGUGCAGGGGUGCCGCCCCCGGAAUGGAGUAAGGGACGCGGCCCAUCCCCUCCCACUAACAUGAAGGCUGCAUCUGACCUCCGCCAAAUGCUUCGUUCCGACGCCACCAAGAAGUCAGCACCACCUCCGCCUCCUUCAGCCAAGGAAGUAAAGAGGGUGGAAACUAAUGAUGACGAUGUUGGUCCCUUCAACUUCCGGCAGAUGCUCAGAAAAACCAACUACGCCCCCACCGACACUAUUAGGAAGAGGCAGCUGAAGAGGGAUGGAUACAAUGGAUACGGGGCAGAGUACCAGAUGUAAAUAAUAGGCGGCCAUUGAAACAUAGGACGUGUUUCAGUAAGGAAUGUUUGUCCCGUCCCGCGUCAUCUCACCAAAGGAAGACUAGGACGAAAACUUGCACUGGAAAACCGAAAACAUAACAAUAUGACCGUAAAUCACUAAAAAAAAAUACAUAAAUAAAAAAUAAAUAAAAAGUUAAAAUUGAUGGAAUCUGAAACUCCACAAAAACAUCAUGUAAGUGAAAACGGAAAAAUAAAAUACGAAAAAAAAGUUACAUCGACAUCUAUACAUGAAAUUGUCGAGUUUACGAGAUCUAAACGAAGAGACUAGAAAUAGUAAUCCAAAGAGAAGAAACACACCUAAACUAUUUGUCUAUAUAUGUAUAUAAACAAAAUAAACACCACACAUCCACAUAGCUUACAGUGUUGGUCACAUCCGAGAAAGCCGCACUCACUUCCAAUGUGCUUAGCGUGUUUCCUAAGUCCCCUGCUUUGAUCUGCCGCUAAGAAUCCAUCAGUUGUCAGUUUGUGAGAUCAGUGGACUUCAGAUGAGGGAAAGCCCAGAGCAUACUGGGAGUGCUUAAGAAUACGAGAUUUGUGACCGCGCCUCCACCAAAUGAAUGGCAAGGAAAAGAAGACAGUAGGAUGAGAAAGACUAAUAAAAGUAGGUAACACAAGGAACAGUAACAAAAACUUAAUAAGAAGAGAAAAUUCAAACAUAAAAAAGAUGUCCAAAGUAAUUAGAUAAAAACAACUUAUAUAUUACGUGAAAAUAGUUUACACCAAAUGCGCAGAUGAAUAAUUUAGAAUCAAUUGUAAAAUUAGAAGUAGGGGAAUAAAUUAUUUUAUGCCAGAGAUCCUUAUGAACAAUUUUAUUUAUUAUUUAUUAUUUCUGGUCUAUAGUGUUUUUAUAUAAAAUUCCAGGUGAUAAUUGUACGUAGUGAGAAAACAAGAAGGACUACGUGCCUAAAAGAUGUUUCAUGUCCUUCAAUACACGCCCACCUAGACACACACACAUACACACAUACACCAUGGUCCACUAGUCAACACAUUAUUAGUUACUGUUGUUAUAGUAGUAAAAGAUUUUGUUAUAAUUUAUAUAUAUAUUUAUUUCAUUUUAUUUUAUUUUUUUUCUGUUUGUGAACAAGACGUGCUUUUUACAAUUCUCUCUCUCUCUCUCUCUCUCUCUCUCUCUCUCUCUCUCUCUCUCUCUCUCUCUCUCUCUCUCUCUCUCUCUCGUGAAUUUCAGUGAUAGAUCAACACUCCAUCGAUGUCCAAACAAUUUCUCUCUCCAUAGUAACUGUGAGCAUGAUAAGUAGCAUGAUCACUCGCGUCCCUCGGUUAUAGACAAUAACUAUGACAGAGAUUAAGAAUAGAUUAUAACAUGUUGAAGAUUGCGAAGUCUGACGUAGUUUUAACAGAAUAAAACUUGUAUCAGUCCGAAUGAAAAAAAUAAAAAAGAAAACUUCAACCAUA